AUGGCGAACAUGACAUGGGACAACACGCUUGCUGCCUACACCCAUAGCUAUGUGAACCAACGGGUCGAUGAUUGCAGCCUCAUGCACUCCAAUGGACCCUAUGGCAAGAACCUUGCCAAGGGCACCAGCACGUUCACUGGCACCUAUGCCAUUAGCUUGUGGGUCGCAGAGAAGCAGAACUGCAAUUACAACACCAACACUUGCGCGAGCGGGUGCGAUUUUGGAGAUGCGAGCGAUGGAGAGCAGUGGCAAAGACAUGUCACGGCUACCGUUGGGGCACAGCGAGACCGAAGGGGACAAUUUGAAGCCGCGACUGGCUACUUUGUUGUGAAGUUGCUAGAAGUGGUGAGAGGCAAUCGCGUCGGAGGUGCGACCACCGGUGCUGGUCGCGGAGAGGGCGCGGCGCGUGGAGAGUUGUCUCCGCUGAAAGCUGGCCGAAAUCUCUCCCUCUCUCCUACGUGA